AUGUGUGACAGUGGCGGAUGGCCUUGGCCACGCGGGACGCAGCCACUGCGCUUCGCCUUCGCGAGACAGGUUCCACACGCGCCCUUUUUUUUUAGACUAGACUAGCCUCGCGUCUUUUUUACUCUCCCUCUCUCUCUCUCUCUCUCUCUCUCUCUCUCUCUCUCUCUCUGUAAUUCUCUCCGUGUCUCUCUCCCUCCCAUUAAUCUCACCUACUCCUCUCUUGGUCGCCUCGAGCCCACCCGUGGGAGUAAAAGAAAGAAGAAGGGAAGAAGUGAAGGAAGAAGCGCGCUGCCGGGAAGGAGACGUGUUUCAGAGGAGAGCGGUAAGCAGAUAUAGUUUUUCUUCUGAUCUCUGGUCGAUGGAUUUAUCACUGACAAUACAACAAUAUUUUAGCUAGAAAAUCGAGUGAAGCAUGGGGGACUGGAGCUUUCUAGGGCGGCUGCUGGAGAAUGCUCAAGAACACUCCACUGUAAUUGGAAAGGUUUGGCUGACCGUCCUCUUCAUCUUCCGUAUCUUGGUGCUGGGCGCAGCAGCUGAAGAGGUUUGGGGUGAUGAGCAGUCUGACUUUACUUGUAACACGCAGCAGCCCGGUUGCGAGAACGUCUGCUACGACGAGGCCUUCCCCAUCUCCCACAUCCGCUUCUGGGUGCUGCAGAUCAUCUUUGUCUCCACGCCCACUCUCAUCUACUUGGGCCAUGUGCUGCACAUUGUCCGCAUGGAGGAGAAGAGGAGGGAAAGGGAGGAGGAGCUCAGGAAGGCCGCACGGCAACAGGAGGACCACGACCCUCUCUAUCACAACGGAGUCGGUGAUGGAGGAAGAGGAGGAGGCGGGAAGAAGGAGAAGCCACCAAUUCGUGAUGAGCAUGGGAAGAUCCGGAUCCGCGGGGCGUUGUUGAGGACCUACAUCUUCAACAUCAUCUUCAAGACUCUGUUUGAGGUGGGCUUCAUCCUGGGACAGUACUUCCUCUACGGCUUCCACCUGAGGCCGCUCUAUAAAUGUGGCCGCUGGCCCUGCCCCAAUACUGUGGACUGCUUCAUCUCCAGGCCCACUGAAAAGACAAUCUUCAUCAUCUUCAUGCUGGUGGUUGCCUGUGUCUCUCUGGUCCUCAACUUGCUGGAGAUCUACCACCUGGGCUGGAAGAAAGUCAAGCAGGGGGUCAGCAAUGAGUUUGUACGCGACAGUGAGUCGCUGCUGCCGGGCGGAGACGAGCCUGGAGACGCGGAGACGAUUCCUGAGCAGACCUCUGCGUCAGUGCUCGACUGUUUGCCGGCGUAUGCCAGCGUGAACGUGUCGGGUGGAGCAGCAGAGGGAGGAGCCUACGGUCCAACCGAAGCCUCUCCUGCCUCUGUGCUCGCCACACACAAGAUGGACGGCUCAGCGUUCCAUGCAGACGACUUCCUUUUGGAGGCCCAACCCACUUCUUUUUAUGGUGAGAAAGUGCGUGUUGGGAGCCACGGGCAGCUGAUGACGAUGGAGCAGAACUGGAGCAACAUGGCACUGGAGCGCCACAAUCUGGAAAGAAAAACCUCCUCCUCCUCGUCCUCCUCCUACCCUCCUCGUCUACCCUCUCUUCCUACCUCCUCCUCUUCCUCUCCUCAUGAGGAGACCAUCCCACCGCUUCCUCAAGGGGAGCAACACUCCACAUUUCCUACACUUCCUCGUCAUACCCCUCUCUCUACCCUCGCACCGGCGGAGGCAGCGGUGGAUGAGGAAAACACAUCACCUUGUAUGGUCCCACAUGACGACUUCACCGUGGUUACCCGGGCGGAGAUGCAUCAGCCUCCUGUUGCUGCUGCGAGAGACAUCCGGAAGCCAAGUCGGGCCAGCAAGAGCAGCGGCGUCCGAGCUCGCCCCGAUGACCUGGCAGUGUAGCUAAAACACACACACACACACACACUCACACAUUUACACAACCAUGCAUGCAUGCUGUGUACACAGAAAAUCUACAUGAGCAAUUUUUUUCAUAUAUGCACAACAGCAUAAAACCACACACAAGCAUGCCCUCCAGCAAAAGACAUGCUUGCAUGGAAGACAUGCAAAACACUACUACAUUCAGCUGGAGGUGGCUGCUUAUUUUAAUCUCAGAAUUAUGAACUAGAAGUAAGGAUAGGUAGGGAGUUUGGCCAGACAUGAGCUUCACAACUUGUAAGACAUCAGCUCAUAGGGGCUUUGCAGAAAUCUCCUAGCAACACAUCUGGAGUCAUAUCGGAGUCGACUCUAGCUCCAUAGUUAGCGCACAGACAUGAGAGUGGUAUCAAUCUUCUUAUCCAACUCUCGGUAAAAUCGCAAACUACCAUAUUUUCUAAAAUGUAACUAUUCCUUCAAACAAUACAAUCAGCGGAUUAUCUCCAACAUGGCUGCCAAAGAGUAGAUUACAGUAUCUACAUUAGUUUUUUUUAAUGAUUAGUUGCUUGGUACAAAGAGAGAAAUUAAGCGCCAAAAUGGCUGCCACUUACUGUACUGGCCCUAGUCUCACAUUUCUUUGGAGAGGUUGGACAGGGGAGGUAUAAAGGCCCAUGAAAUGGGAAUCACAAACACUUACAUACACAUACUUACACACACACACACACAUAUAGCCAGCACAGACACAAAUACGUAAAGGUUAUAGUGAUGAUGAUGAUGAUGAUGAUGAUGAUGAUGAUAAUGAUGAUGAUGAUGAUUACUAUGAUUGGACUAACUAAUGAGUUUGGGAGCGUAGAGGCAGUAAUGCCAUAUUCUUUUAUUUUCAUCUAUCUUUCAUUUCUUUGCUGGGAGACAUCAGAGGAGAGGUUUGCACUUUUGUUUCUUUAUUUUUAUUUCUCUUGUGACGUGAUGAUGGAGCUGAACAGUCCAGUGUGUCGUAUCUGUCUGUCUGUGUGCACGGCGCUCACCCAGCCUGUAGUUUCAAUGAAGAGAGGGAUGCACUGACGUUAGGACAGAGCGGGAAGAGAGCGAUAAAGCAGUCCCACCCUGAGACAUAGUCCUUAGGCUUCACAGGCUCUGUGUGUGUGUGUGUGUGUGUGUGUGUGUGUGUGUGUGUGUGUGUUUGGGUACCUUAAUCUUGUUUCAGUGUUUACAAAAUGACAUCUCUGCAGUUACAUCAGGGUAAACUAUAUAAAGUAUAUAAAUAUGUAAAUAUAUCAUGAUUAAUAGUAUUGAUAGGCACCACAGGAUGUUAUACAGAACUACCUACAUUUAAGAAAAAGUUAGUUUCUGGUCAAGCUGCAAUUUAUAGCGACUUUUACCUAGAAAAUCAAAAGUGCUUUAGCGUUUUCUGACAUUGGCUCCACAGGUCACUUUAUGCAAAAAAAUAAAUUAAAAAAAAUCCAAUGUUAGAAGACUUUAGGGAAUUUAAAAUAAUAAUAGUACACAACCAAGGGCUUAAACAACAUUUAAAGCAAUUUAAGCUCUGCAGCUUGAACAGAGCAUAAAAAUCAGUACCCCUUCUUUCUGAUGCUUGUGUUUGCAGUGUGUUACAGAACUGUCGAGUUCCCCCUAGCUGUUCUGUAUAGGCGGACUCUAAGUUAAUUUUCUAGACUAGCUGUAGAUUACACAGUAGCUUUUUAGAUUUUUUGAACAAAAAGAAAGCAAUAUGAUCAACAAAAAAAGUGCUAACUUUUAUUUCUUUGUCAGUUCUUAACAGACAUCCCACAUAGGAAUGUUCAUUUUUCCUGUUCUUCUCAUUAAUUCCUGCCAAAAAAAAAAAAAAAAAAUACAGAAAAUGGCUGAUAUAAAUUCACUUCCCAACAGCUUUAAUUUAUCAAAUCAAAUUAUUAAUGUUUUCAUUCAGGAAUAAAAAUGCACAUUAUUAGCAAGUCAACAAAGGAGAGUGGUUUGGGGCGAACCGCGUUUUGGGUUUGUAUAUCUUUGUGUUUCUCUCUGAGCAGAAUAUUAGUUGAUUAUACUUGAAAUAGUACUACUAGACUACUAGAAAAGUGCUAGAUUAUAUCACAUGUGCCUGAAGUAGCAUUUGAACACAUAACCAAAAUAACCAAAUGAAAGUAAAGAAAAGUCUGAUUUAAUAUGUUUACAUUUCGAUAUAAACAAAAUGUUGUUUUUGUAGUUUGUAGAUAAAAUAAUCUUAACUCAAGGUCCACUUACUCACUUUUUCUGAAGCUUUCCACCACAUCUCACAGUCUUCAUUGUUUUUGUAGUCUUGUCCAGGUCUGGUCAAAUGUUGUACCAUCAGGUAACUAACCUGUGAUAUUAUCCUGGGUUCAUUCUCCUCAGAAAAAGACUGUCAUGCUGCAUGAGUCAGAUCUUAGAGUGCCUCGAUUAAUAUUUGACUCUAAAAUGGUCACAUAUCGUACAAAUAAAUCAAUAUACUGGGAAUGCUGCUCAUCUGCAUUCAUGGCAACUUGGAACAUGUGUAUGAGCUCAAUAAUUAGUUAAAACAUUUGGGUAUAAUAGCCAUGGCCAAGUACAUUAAGCUCAGAAUUAGCAUUGACGCUAACUUCUAAAUUGCUAAUGUUGAGUGCAUAUUGUAUGUUUAUUACACAUUAUUAACUAAGUUAAUUAUUGCACAUUGUCAAAACUGGUAUCCUCAACGU